AUGCUGGCUUUCCCCGGUGCUUCGUUGCUCCACCCCAACCAGCGCUCGGCUCUGUUCAAUCGCUUGUCGAUCGCGUUGCCUUCGCUCGUGUCGGUCGAUGCCGUCUACGUUCACUACGUCGCCGCCCGGUCGGACGACGCCGCGCUCAAGCUCGAUUCCGAGUCCUCUUCCGAGCGGGCCAUCUUGAAGACUUUGCUCGACUACGGCGAUGACUACGCUCUCGAGGGGACUCGGGAUGCCGUAGCGGCGGCCUUGGCGGGCUCGUCGGCUGAAGCUUCGACCACUUCUCCGUCGAGCUCGGUCAUUUUCGUCGCUCCUCGCGCUGGGACCAUCUCGCCCUGGUCCAGCAAGGCGACCGACAUCGCCCGGAUGUGCAAGCUCGCAGACGUCGUGCAACGCAUCGAGCGUGGCAUCGUUUUCGUCUUCCGCGCCAGCGGCUCUCUCACCGUCGCCGACCUCGCGCCCGUGGCUCAUCAUCUUCACGACCGCAUGACCCAGCUCCUACUCGACUCCAAGCCGGCCGCAAAGUCCAUGUUCGAGCGGGGCUCACCCGCGCCACUCCGAACGAUUGAUAUUCUCGGGGACAAGUCGGCUUCGGCAGAUCGAGAACAGGCGAAGACGACUCUCAUCAAGGCGAAUCAGGAACUCGGCUUGGCUCUCGCCGUCGACGAGCUCGACUAUCUCGUCGAUGCCUUUGUCGCUUCCUCUGCUUCGGGGCGCAACCCUACCGAUGUCGAGCUCUUCAUGUUUGCCCAGGUCAACUCGGAGCACUGCCGACACAAGAUCUUCAACGCCGCAUGGACCCUUGACGACGCCGCGCAGGACCAUUCGCUCUUUGCGAUGAUCCGAAACACGCACAACAUUACCCCUCAGCACACCAUCUCGGCAUAUUCUGACAACGCUGCCGUCAUUGAGGGCUCGUCGGCCCCCCGAUUUGCGGCCGCACCGGCUUCGGAGAACGCCCAGAUGUCAGUCUACUCGGCCAAGGUGGAAGCGAUGCCGAUCCUGAUCAAGGUCGAAACGCACAAUCACCCGACGGCUGUGUCUCCCUUCCCCGGAGCUGCAACUGGUUCUGGUGGAGAAAUUCGUGACGAGGGCGCUGUUGGACGUGGUUCGAGGCCCAAGGCCGGUCUCUCCGGCUUCACCGUCUCGAACUUGCUCGUCCCCGACUUUGUGCAACCUUGGGAGACCGAUUUCGGCAAGCCGGCCCACAUCGCCAGCGCUUUCGACAUCAUGAUCGAGGGCCCCCUCGGCUCGAGUGCAUUCAACAACGAGUUCGGUCGACCGGGACUCACGGGUUACUUCCGCACGUUCGCCGAAGAGGUACCCGCCAUCGAGCAAGGAGAGACCGAGGUCCGAGGGUACCAAAAGCCCAUCAUGAUUGCAGGAGGGUUCGGUACCGUUCGACCCGAGUUUGCACUCAAGGACAAGAUUACGCCGGGUGCUCACUUGAUUGUUCUGGGAGGACCCGGCAUGCUCAUCGGACUCGGUGGUGGUGCCGCUUCGUCGAUGGCUUCGGGCUCAAGCUCCGCCGCCCUCGACUUUGCUUCCGUGCAACGCGAGAACCCCGAGAUGCAACGACGCUGCCAGCAAGUGCUCGACAGCUGCACUGCACUCGGACCUCAGAACCCAAUUCAGUCCGUUCACGAUGUCGGCGCCGGCGGUCUUUCGAACGCCUUGCCCGAACUUGUUCACGAUGCCGACCUCGGCGCCAUCUUCGAGAUCCGCGACGUCCUCAUCGAUGAUCCGGGCAUGUCGCCGAUGGAGAUCUGGUGCAACGAGUCGCAGGAGCGAUACGUACUCGCCGUCGGACCUGAGCACAUUGCCCAGUUCGAAAGCAUCGCCAAGCGUGAACGAUGCCCUUACUCCAUCGUCGGUGUCGCGACCGAGGCCCAAGAACUGGUCGUCACCGACCGAUUGCUGGGUCAAGAUGCAAUUCGCUUGCAGAUGUCGGUCCUAUUCGGCAAGCCGCCCAAGAUGGCUCGAAGAUCCGAGACGACUCGACCCACUCUCCGUCCCUUUGACUCGACACUGCGUUCAUACCUUCCGUCGCUGGCUGAAUCGCCGCGGGAAUUGAUUAGCGAAGCCGUGGAUCGCGUGUUGCAUUUACCGUCCGUUGGGUCAAAGUCGUUCCUCAUAACCAUUGGUGACCGUACGAUCUCGGGUCUCGUCACUCGAGACCAGAUGGUCGGGCCCUGGCAAGCGCCCGUCGCGGAUGUCGCGGUCACGCAAACCUCGUAUGGCUUCGAUGUUGUCACUGGUGAGGCGAUGGCGAUGGGUGAGCGGACACCUCUCGCCCUGCUGUCUCCCACUGCUUCGGCCAAGAUGGCCGUUGCUGAAUCCAUCAUGAACCUCGCCGCGGCCUCGGUCGACUCGCUCGAGCGCGUCAAGCUCAGUGCGAACUGGAUGUGCGCUGCAUCGUACAAGAACGAAGGCGCAGGCUUGUACCAAGCCGUUCAGGCGAUCGGUAUGGACCUUUGCCCCAAGCUUGGACUUGCGAUCCCCGUCGGUAAGGACUCGAUGUCGAUGUCGAUGGGUUGGAACGAUGCCGAGACGAGUUCUCGCAAGACCGUCACUGCACCCAUGUCGUGCAUCAUUACCGCUUUCGCACCCGUCGCGUCGAUCCGAGAGACGUGGACCCCCGAGCUCCGCACCGACCAGAACGAGCCUACCGUCUUGGUCUUCUUCGACUUGGCCAAAGGCAAGCAACGCCUUGGUGGGUCGGCUUUGGCCCAGGUCUUCAAGGAAAUUGGUUCCGAGGCACCCGAUGUCGAAGACGCUGCGAUUCUCAAGGCUUUCUUCAACGGCUGUCAGAACAUUCGCAAGCACCACCCCGAGGUGGUGCUCGCGUAUCACGAUCGCUCCGACGGUGGUCUUUUCACGACCGUGGUCGAGAUGUGCUUCGCUGGACGUGUCGGAGCUGAAAUCAUGGUUGAUUCGUUCAGGGGUCAAGGUGAGCCCAUUGCGGCGCUCUUCAACGAGGAGUUGGGUGCCGUUGUCCAGAUUAGACAAUCGGACGCACCGACAUUAAGCUCGGCGUUUAUCAAGAGUGGCUUCCCUUCCACUUCGAUUCACGUCAUUGGUCGCGUCGCUAUUGAUCGGUGAGUGCCUUGUGGCUUGAUGAUCAUACAUUGUGUACCUCGGCCUGGGAUCUGACAGAAGUUUUCAACUGAGUCGACAGUUCGGAUCAAGCGAUCAGCAUCGCCGCCGAGGGCUCUUUGCUGUGGUCGUCGACGCGUGCCGACUUACAGCGAGCAUGGGCCGAGACGUCGUACAAGAUGCAAGCCCUUCGCGACGACCCCAAAGGUGCGCAGGAGGAGUUCGACAACAUCGUCGACGAGUCCAACACGGGCCUCUUCUACAAGCUCGCUUUCGACCCGACAAAGAAUGUCGCGGACCCUUACCUUUCGCUCGGCACGACGCUUAACGAUCGACCCAAGGUUGCGAUUUUGCGAGAACAAGGUGUCAACGGCCACAUCGAAAUGGCAUGGGCGUUCCACGCCGCUGGCUUUAACGCGAUCGACGUGCACAUGUCCGAUAUCAUCUCGGGUAUGGUCACUCUCGCCGACUUCAAGGGUCUCGCAGCAUGCGGUGGGUUUUCGUACGGUGACGUUCUCGGUGCAGGCAACGGAUGGGCGAAAUCGAUUCUCCUACACCAAGGUGCGCGCGACGAGUUCACGGCCUUCUUCCAGCAACGCCAGGAUACGUUCGCGUUGGCCGUGUGCAACGGUUGCCAACUUUUCGGCCAGCUCAAGUCGUUGAUCCCAGGAGCCGAGGAGUGGCCGCUGUUCAAGCAAAACGUCUCCGGUCGAUUCGAAGGCCGCGUCUCGAUGGUCGAGGUUGCUUCGAACCACGGUGAAGAAUCCGUUUUCUUGCGCGGAAUGAACGGGUCCGUCUUGCCCGUCGCGGUCGCCCAUGGAGAAGGUCGAGCGACCUGGGCAGCUGGUGCAACAGCGACCAGAUCCAAAACGAUCUCGUUACGCUACGUCGAUUCGCACGGCCAGCCAACGGAGGUGUACCCUUUCAACCCGAAUGGAUCGCCCGAAGGCGUGGCGGGUGUCGAGGCGCUCGGAGGCCGCGUGUUGGCGUUGAUGCCUCACCCUGAACGCGUCGUCACGACUGAGAGCAAUAGUUGGUACCCGGUCGGAGAGGCCAAGACAUGGCAAGGAAGGGGCCCUUGGAUGUGUAUCUUUGAAAACGCUCGACAGUGGGUCAACUAA